CGCUCAGUCAUUUCAAAUACAACUGAAUAUUUUAUAGUGUGAAAAAAACAAACUAGUGUUGAACUUUUAUGGAUAAGCGUUUAAUGCGGGACGUGCUUUCCCCGGGAACCGUGGCGUUUCCAUGAUAAGAUACCAAACCGGUUUGCCCGGUCGCGGUCAGUGGAGAAAGUAGUGUUAAUCAACCCGCCCAUCAUAAACUUAACCCAGCAACCCACUCUAGCCUGAGCUAGAACCAUAAAGCGGCCAGUGCCGCAGACAGCGAAGUCCUGUAGGUUACAAGAAAAGUGACCUGAGUGAGGUACUUGAUGAAACGGAUCGUUUAUAUAUUUCACACGGACGCGACAUUAGAGCGCUGGAAGAUCACGGGAUGGCCAACAAGCCAUUCCGUGCGACGUUUAUCUGGAGCAGCAUCAUCGGCAAUCUGCAGACAAACGUGGAGGUGAAGCGGAGGCGACACAACCUCAGGUUCCACAAUGACUGUUUCCUGGGCUCGGAAGCCGUGGACGUCAUCCUAGCUCACCUCAUCCAGAGCAAGUUCUUUGGAGAUGCCGAGAUUCCCCGGGCCAAGGUGGUCCGAGUGUGCCAAGCUCUGAUGGACUGCAAGGUGUUUGAAGCGGUGGGCAACCGAGGCUUUGGCAAGGAGAAGAAGCGGAUGACGUUUGAGGACAGCAGCUGCAGUCUGUAUAGGUUUCUGAACACGCAAACCUCCUCGAACAGUCAUUGUUCUUCCGGUGUGCAGAAAUCGGUGUGCACUACUGCAUCUGGACGGUCAGACGAAUCAUUAUAUUCAAACACCACGCCUGUCAAAACUGACAAGUCUUUUGAAGAGCUUUUGGGAAACUUAAACCUGAAUCCGAACAAUACGGCGCACAUUAUGAACCCAGAAUUAUCUCAGCCAUUGGUGAAUGAAGUGUGGCAGGAGCAGACAGUCCUGCGGUUACUGCAGCUGAUAGAGCUCCCCUUUCUGGAUAGUUUGUUGGAAAGCAAGCCAGGCCCCCAGCCCCAACUUCACAGCAUGGACAGUGACCCCGACUUGUUGUACACCAGCAACUACUUGGACCGGGAGAUCCUGAAGGCCUUCAGUGACUCUCAGGCAGACUGCUGGCUUUCGGCUGCCGUCAACUGCCUGGAGUUCCUGCCCGACCGGCUGGUGGUGGAGGUGAGCCGUGGUCUGCCAAGGUGCUCGGACGACACCCAGCAGUGCAAGCGGCUGCUGUUUGACGUCCUCGCCAAGCACUACGGCCACCUGCAGCAGCCGCCCCUACUCACCAACCGUCUCUUCGAUAUCCAUACUGGUGUUGCAGAGCUGCUGGUGAAUGGGAAGCUGGAGCAAGCCCUGGAGGCUUUGCAGCUAUGCUUGAAGCUGCUCAACGAACGCAGCCGUGAGGAGCUGCGUAGAUUGCUGUGCUUCAUGGCUGCAGCUGCAAACCCAGCUGAAGUCCGACUGCACAGGGAGAUCGAGAACAGGAUGGCGGUGAAACGGGCAUUUUCCAGGGCAGUCGUCAACCACAAAAACCUAGCGAAGGGAAAGGUGGAUCUGCUUGUGCUUUUCAUGCUUGACAAUCAUUGUGAUUUAUUCAAGAUACCCGGAUCAUUGCACAAGCUGGUUAGUGAAAAGCUUGCAAGCCGCCUACAAGGAAAGGAACCAGAUUCAGUAACAGGUUCUGCAUUUUGUCAGCGAGUCUCAAGCAAAACUUACACAGAAAAUGUUCAGAAAGCUACAAAGGAGGAGCUAUGGGCAUUACUCAGGACUAUUCACGAGAACCCAAAGCAUUCUACAAAGGAGAAAAAACGUUUGCUUGGGCAGUUUUACAAAGGGCAUCCUGAGAUUUUCAUGCAGUAUUUUGAAAUCACAAGUUCAGCUGUCAAUAUGUAAUUUAAAUUUACUGGUAUAUGUUGUACAAAGUAAUGUGUGUGUGUGUGUGUGUGUGUAUAAACUGUUUUUGUCAAUGUGUAAAUUAAAGUUAUAACUGAAUAAAAUGUUUUAUAGUGCUGUAUC